AUGUCCAAUCGUUUCAACCGUUGUUCGCAAUCUAUCCAGACCAAUUCUUCACUGAACCCCAACGUGCAUCAGCUCCCCACACCUCACCUGUAUUAUGCAGUGGUUUAUUGUGUCUUUGACCGUCGUUAUCUUCGUACUGUGGUGGUCAAUUUACCGGAUUGGUACAAAUCCGCUUUGUUCAACGAAUUGUACUAUCUGACGGACGGCGGUACUGUUUGGCUCGAUCCGAUCGAGGUCGAAGGAAUCGAAUCGGAAGAGGAAAGCACCAUCCCAAUUGAUGCAGUACGAGCUUAUCGGACAGACUGUCUUCUAGAUCCGAACAAUUUGACCGGUAGAAAAGCAUCCAUCCAGAAUUCGGGUGGCAAAAAAACGGAAGACGCUAUGCAAAUGGCCUGGAAAUAUCGGCAGAAAAUAGGGCGUGAGAUGGGUCUGUUUGGUUAUCUGGAAGAAGUUCGUCUAGUCCGAGCUUACACCAGAGCACGUGCGCUGGCCUGA